CGAGAGACAGAGACGGAGAGGGAGGAGGCUGCUCUCAUCAAAGGACCUCUCAGACUCUACAAGUUAAUGAGGGAUGUAGCCGAGACCCUGAAGCCUUUCGGACACCAACGGCUACACCCAAGCAGACGGAGAGGCUGAAGGACGGACGGACCAAGUGGGAGAAAAAAUAAAAACCCUGAAGACAAAAGUUCAAAAUGACAUGGCGUGAGGAGCUACGCAGUCGGCAGUUCUGGCGUGCCAUGGUGGCUGAGCUGCUCGGCACCCUGGUGUUAGUGAGCGCAGUGCUGGGUGCCUCAGUGCCCGGGCCUGGAGGGUCCCCGGGGGGGCCCCUGUACCCGGCGGUGGCAGUGGGAGCGGUGAUCGUUGCCGUGGGACACUGUUUUGGAGAAAUAAGCGGGGCACAGGUGAAUCCUGCAUUGACUCUGUCUCUGUUGGUCACACGGAGGCUGGACGCUCUCCGGGCCUUUGUUUACAUUGCUGCUCAGUGUUUUGGAGCCUGUUUAGGAGCCGGGGCCCUCUACCUGGCCCUGCCACUCAAAACCACUGCAGACCACUUUGUCAACAGGGUACCCGUAGAGUUGAAUGCAGCCCAGGCCCUGGGCAUCGAGGUUCUCUGCACCUUCCAGUUGGUCUUCACUGUCUUCUCCGUUGAGGACCAGAGACGGAGAGAGAGUCCAGAACCGGGAAACUUGGCCAUUGGAUUAGCACAUACUGCUGGAGUCCUAAUAGGGGCGCGGUUCUCUGGUGCAAGUAUGAAUCCUGCGCGAACUCUGGGUCCAGCCAUAAUCACUGGCUUCUGGGAAAACCACUGGGUUUAUUGGAUCGGACCUGUUUUCGGUGCCAUUAUGGCUGGAGUGUCCUACGAGUUCUUCUUCACGCGCAGCGCCUCUCGUCAGAAGCUGGUGGCCUGUUUGACCUGUAAGGACAUCGAAAUCGUGGAGACAACCAGCAUGACCGGAUCGUCGCUGUCCACGGUCACACAGAACGCCUCCAGAGCCAAGCAGGCCAACAAACAGGAGAACAACUGACGGCGCGUGCAUGAAGAAACAUUCGUGAAGGUGCAGAGUGUACGACUCAGACGUGUGAUCAUACUUGACGGCAGCAGAGGCCAAAGGAAAAAGGAGAAGUUGUGUUCGAGGUCCUCACAUAUAAAUAGGUGCCAGUGAGCCAUGGGAAUGAAAUUUGGUCAGGAGAUAUCAUCUAUUCUGUAAAACAUCAUUUUGAGUUAAAGCACCUUAUGACAAACUCCACGUUCUGAUGAAAAAAAAAUUGGGUAGCGUAGAGGAGCUUGAGCUAGUUUGUCUCACUGAAGGUGUCAUGUUGAACCCCAAAAUUAACCCCAACAGGUGAACACAAAGACGAAGAUGUUCAUAUGUCAGAUGUUCAUGAUUUGUCUCCGGUUGCACCAAUGGGGAAAAAAUGUCUUGCUGCAGGUAAGAGAAUAUAAAUCCAAAAAGUAGUUUGCACAUCGCGAAACGUACAGAUGAGCCAGAGACGACUGCAAACCACCUCAACAAAACAAAUUACCAAGCAACGCUAACAUCUAAAGACACUAAAAGCCACUGAAAACCAAAAACGGGUGCCACAGCAAAAAAUAUUUAGCUGACUGAGGGUUUGAGUCACUGCUUAUGAAAUCAACUCACUGUCUCUAAAUAGAAAAGAGAAAGUGUCUUUUUUCUCUUCUUUUAAAGUUACACGGUCUUGAAUUAAACCUGUAAUGACUUAGCCUGAUCGUCAACACUAAGAUCUCAUCAAAUCGUGUCUGCAGGCAUCCAUUAGCUCAUGUUUUACCUUUUCAUGAGACCGCCUGUAAUCUAAAACAUCAUAUACUUCAUCGUCCCAUGGUUCAUAAUUGAGCAAUAUUACCCGAGAGGGUGUGUUGCAUAAAUUCAGGUUAAAAUAAAUGAGUUUUGCUUGUUGAGACAUAUUAAAGAGGACGCUGCGCGUUAAAGGGGCUGAAUGUGACCUCCGAGGUCCACGUCAUUAGUGUGUGAGAAGGUGCAGCCAAUGCUGCGAGACUCAGUAUUCACUCUCGCAUUUGCACAUGAUUAUAAUAUGUAAUGGAGACUCAUUGAAAUCCUGCUGAAAAACACCCUCAUGUUCCAGUUGUAUCUUGUGUUUGUGAAUGCUUUGAAAUGCUAAAGAGGUCCUUACCCUGCACCGUGGGUUCAAUGAUGCUCUCAAUCAGUCCUGCAGCUCUCUCAUGUCUGCGCCUGUUAGCGUCUGUCUCCUCUCUGAGGCCUCCUAUUCACAAUCAAAUGGGCCUCAUACCUCUGUAAUGGCUCUACAGAAAGAACACCUUCAGUUCGAAUAAGCUUUGUAAUUUGGAUCAGAUGUAAUGAGCGUGCCGUUUGGGUUGUGUGAGAGAAACCUUUCAUCAUAUUUGUAUGUUGGUAUAAACUGCUGUUUUUGUCUUAUAUUAGUUUGCAUGUAAGUUCAGUUUAAUUGGUUUUGCAGCGGUUGUGUCUACCUCAAGACACCACUAAAUUAAAUAAGAUUCCUUUUUUAAUUUUUUUUGGAGCCCUUUAAAGCAACACUCAAACUGUGUAUUUGUUCUAUGUGAAUGUUAACAAUUAUAAUAAGACUUUAUUGCCAUCUGAAACAGUCUGAAAUAAAACCAUUUAAGCAGUUGGUGUCAGUAUGAAAGUGUCGUUUGAAUGCACAAGCGCACACGCUAUACUAUAUAUUAUACUCACACAUGUACACACAGUUACACGAUAAACAAUUGUAGACACACACA